UUCCGGCGCGAAGGUCACGGACAGAUGGUGCCCCCAGUUCAGGUCUCUCCGCUCAUCAAGCUCGGCCGAUACUCAGCUCUGGUCCUCGGCAUGGCCUACGGUGCCAAGCGCUAUAGUUACCUAAAGCCCCGGGCAGAGGAGGAGAGGAGGGUGGCAGCGGAGGAGAAGAAG